ACUUUCUCGAGGCUGAGGUUUCUGGGACUGUUGCCGAGCCGCGCUUCCUUUUUUGUCCCGACAUCUUAGGGAGGCUGCCGUGGUUGUCGCCUGUCUCCGAGCUUCAUCAUGCCGCCCAAGGAUGACAAGAAGAAGAAGGAUGCCGGAAAGUCGGCCAAAAAAGACAAGGACCCAGUAAAUAAGUCUGGUGGCAAGGCCAAAAAGAAGAAGUGGUCCAAAGGCAAAGUUCGGGACAAGCUCAACAAUCUGGUCCUGUUUGACAAAGCUACAUACGACAAACUCUGUAAGGAGGUUCCCAACUACAAGCUCAUCACUCCAGCUGUGGUCUCUGAGAGACUGAAGAUUCGAGGUUCUUUGGCCAGGGCAGCCCUUCAGGAGCUACUUAGUAAAGGACUUAUCAAGCUGGUUUCAAAGCACAGAGCCCAAGUAAUUUACACCAGAAACACAAAGGGUGGAGAUGCCCCAGCUGCUGGCGAAGAUGCUUGAACAGGUUCAAUCAGCUGUACAUUUGGAAAAAUAAAACUUUAUUAAAUCAAA